AUGCCUCUGAAUAUAGGCAAAUUAACUUGUCUUCGAACGUUGUCUGAUUUCAUUGUGGGAGAAGAUUGUUGCUCGGGGUUGAAGGAGCUAGGGUCUUUGUCCUAUCUUCGAGGGACACUCUCCAUUUCAAAAUUGGAGAACGUGAUUGUGCCAGAGGAUGCAAGGGGCAUGAAUUUAAGUGAUAAGCCUAACCUUGAUGGGUUGUCAUUGGGAUGGAGUGAAGACAUUGAUGACUCAAAGGAUAGAACGAGUGAAAAGGAGUUUCUUAACCUGCUACAGCCUCACAAAGUUUUGAAAGAACUGACUAUCAGUUGCUAUGGGGGUACAGAAUUUUCGACAUGGUUAAACCACCCUUCCCUUCCUAAUCUGGUGUUCUUAACUAUUGAAAAUUGUAAAAAGUGCACAUCAUUGCCCCCAUUGGGGAAACUUCCAUCACUCAGAGUCCUUUCGAUCGCAGAAUUUGAGUCUCAAAUGAAAGUGUUGAUUACAAUGGGUGGGCUGGCAAAUGUACAAAAAUUAGAGGUUGAUGGAUUCGAGGAACUGAUGCACUUGUGGUCAAAUGCGGUGGGUUCAUUUCCGCAUCUCCCAAGUCUUCGUAAUCUGCAGGUUUUUGAUUGUCCAAAACUAGUUUCGUUGGUAGCUAAAGGCCAGCUGCCUCCAACUCUAAAGCAACUACGCAUACGGAAUUGCGAAAAUAUUCAGAUUUUGGUAGACGAGGAUGACACGGCCAACAGCUGCGGCAGCAACGGUGACAACACCAGAUCUCAUGAUCUUCAGGAUUUGAGCAUUUCCAACUGUCCAUCCCUCAAAUCCCUAAUAUCAAGCGGUGAAUUACCAACAACACUUCAAACAUUAGAGCUUGAUUCAUGUCCAGAGCUAGAGUCAAUAGCGAAGGAAUUACAUCAUAAUUCAUUGCUUAAAUCCAUUGACAUUUCUUAUUGUGGAAAUCUUAAAUCCUUGCCCACCGGUAUAGACAGUCUCAGCCAUCUAAGCGGUAUUAUUAUUGGGGAUUGUCCAAGUCUCGAUUUAUUACUAGAUGGUGAGUUGCUCCCUGCCAACCUGACAAGGCUUAAUCUUGCCAGCUGCGAGAAAAUGCAGGUCGUGGUCAAUCGCAUACACACUUGCACCUCUCUUCAAGCUUUGAGUAUGGGGAAAUGUCCAAGAGCACUUGUAUGCUUUCCAGAAGAAGGUUUUCCCACCAACUUAACAUCUCUUUGGAUCGACAAUAGCAGUAUCGCUCAGGGCUUGUUUGAGUGGGGGUUGCACAGGAUUACCCCUCUCAAAGUUCUUCGAAUUUGCGAUGGAACUUCGCACCUGGUGUCCUUUCCAGAGAUGAAGCUGCCUACUUCUCUAAUCUGGUUGGAGAUUUAUAACUUUCUGAAUCUGGAAUACUUGUCUCCCGAGGGCUUUCGAAACCUCACAUCACUUGAAGUCCUGGAAAUCACAUUGUGCAAAAAACUCGCGUCCUUACCAAAGAAGGGCCUACCUCCCUCACUCCAAAAACUUUGGAUUAGUGAUUGUAAAAAGUUAACGUCAUUUCUAACAAACUGCCUGCCUCUCUCACUGCUGAGCUUUGGAUCGACAGAUGUCCUGAUUUGGAAGGAUGGUGCAAGAAAGAACGAGACGGGAGGGGUCUACGAUAGCCCGCAUCCCUUGCGUUGCACUAGAUUUUGA